AUAUUCAUUUAUGUAUAAAGCAAACAUAAUAAUAUUAGGUGACGAUUGCACGAGAAAUCUUCAGUGUGUUUAUAUUUAAAGAAAUGAACUUUAUAUAUUAUUUAAAGUAAAUUUAAAAAGGCUGUGAGUUCAAUUUGUAAUAAUUAUUAUAAUUUAGAUUCGGUUUGGAAGAUGUACGAUGCUCUAAAUGAAACAAGUGUAUAAGGGUGGUCGGACGCCUGCGAUAAGGUCUAGUGAAAGAAGGCGGCCACAAAAUACUUCAUCAGGGUCUUCAUUAUCUCCUCGUGUCGUUCUGUCUCGUUUAGAACCUAGAGAUUUCGAACGUCUUAGAUUGUCAUAUAAAGUCGCUGUUAUUGACCAAAGAAGAACUCGUAGCUGCCGUGGUAUGAACAUGGGUCAAAAAAUAAGCGGUGGUGUAAAAACAGUUAGUCGGAAUGACUCUCAAACUCCAUUUAAACCAAUUAUACCACGCGAAUUAGCAGCAGAUUUCAUAAAACCAGCUCGCAUAGAUAUUCUUUUAGAUAUGCCCCCAGCAAGUAAAGAAAUACAAUUAAGACAUUCGUGGAAUUCGGAAGAUCGAUCAUUAAAUAUAUUUGUAAAAGAGGAUGACAAACUUACAUUCCACAGACAUCCUGUUGCGCAGAGUACAGAUUGUAUACGUGGCAAAGUUGGUUUAACUAAAGGUCUGCAUAUAUGGGAAAUAUUUUGGCCCACUAGACAACGAGGUACUCACGCUGUGGUUGGUGUAGCUACUUCUGAUGCACCUUUACAUUCUGUUGGCUAUCAAAGUUUGGUCGGUUCUUCAGAUCAAAGCUGGGGGUGGGAUUUAGGAAGAAAUAAAUUGUACCAUGACUCUAAAAACUGUGCUGGAAUAACUUACCCGGCAAUACUCAAAAAUGAUGAAGCUUUCUUAGUCCCAGAUAAAUUUUUAGUAGCACUCGAUAUGGACGAAGGAACUUUAAGCUUUAUAGUUGAUCAACAGUAUCUUGGAAUAGCAUUUAGAGGGUUAAAGGGAAAGAAAUUAUACCCUGUUGUUUCUGCCGUGUGGGGUCACUGUGAAAUUACAAUGCGGUACAUCGGAGGUUUAGAUCCUGAACCCUUGCCUUUAAUGGACUUAUGUAGGAGAACAAUACGCCAAACGAUUGGACGCGUCAACCUCGAAGACCGCGUUCAACAGUUGCAACUCCCCCAGUCAAUGAAAACAUACCUUUUGUAUAAAAACCGUAGAUAAUAGUUCAGUAUAAUAUAAUAAGAUGAACUAGUUUUUUCAAAAUUGAAAAAAUCAUUAAGCACUAUAGGCAUUUAAGUCGAUAUAUUUUAAACAG